GUGUGUGCGUUAAAUGAUUGUGUAUGUGUGUACGGUGCGCGACUCCAGAAGGGAUAGCAAACGAGCAAAGAAGAAUGCAAUCUGUUCGGAAAGACUGAAAAGGGUGGGCAAAGGAUAACAACAACAUUACGCUCAUGCACAGAUGUUGAUGCGAUACGAUGUGAGCACACUGUAUGGCACACGGUGGUGCCAUUGCCUAGCCAGUUUGUGGAGUAGUGUGCGUGGAAUGCAGAAAUAUGCAUUCUGAUGCAUUAUGCAUAGCCUGUGGUGACUAUUUUUGCUGCUCGUUAUGCACCAAUGCAGGGCGUGAUAGUUAAAUUGCUUUCAACUAAUCGCAUUCCAACUGAUCCGCUUUAUUUACCGAAGUUUCAUCAGCAACGAACGUACGCAGCGGUUUAAAAAGUUAACAAGUUGUAUCUUUCAAAUAUUAUUUACCUUCAUAUACCCAUGCUUUAGAACAUUUUCCAAGCAUUCGACAUAAAAAAGCAUUCGUGCAAUAGUGUUGAUAAGUCUUGGAUUAUCAAUAAUUUUAUAAUAUAUUUUAGAAACAUGUUUUCCAUUAUGCUUCAAUUCAACAAUCCGAUUUGAAGUUUAACCAAGCAUAGAAUCCCCCACUAAAUCAGGGUAGAAUUGUGCAUACAGAUGCAUGCCUAUGCACACGGACGCAUGAAUGAAAUUAAUCUACUGAAACCAUCGACGAAUCUGGGACCCCGAUGGCUCUCCUCAUGCCCCGCGUGUAUCGUUCCUGGUUCGCCGAAGGUUCAUACUCAGAAACACACCGACACACACAAUCCUCGAAGUAGCAUUCUCGCCAAAGAUCAGGAGAGGAUCCAUGAAGAAGGAGAACCCCCACGAAAGCAAGGAUCAAAGGGAAAGCGAGAAAAAAGCCGGUUUGCCGGUAACAAACCCCUGUGAGCAUAGCUUUAGUUCAACAUAAAUGUGUCGUGAAAGUGUGUACCUGUGUGAAGCUGCUACAGUGUACAGUGUAAUGAAUGUGACGGUGAAUGUGUUGAUAAUGUAACUAGCAGUGGUAAAAAUUAUGAGCCAUAAAUGUACAGCGCAAUCCAUACGUUAUGUGAAACGUCAUUGAAAUCGGGCAGGAAGUGUGUGUAGAUGUGUGUCUUGUGACAAAUGGAUGUGCAUUAAAUGAAUUAUAGAAAAAGUGAAGCGAUCAUGCCGAGCAAGAAAAUUCGUAAAAUAAAAUCAUUUUUAUAGUUUCGAUCAUGUUUUGCAUGCAGGGAAAAAUGUGAUUUAAAUCUGUGCUGCACUGUUUGUGUUUGUGUUUGUGUGCGUGUGUGUCUGAUGUGUUUGCGUCUGUGCUAUCGCUCAAAUGGUGAACGACAAGCAAAUAGUCGGUUCGCUAAUGCCUGCGGCAUAUAUCCCAUAAUGUAUACAAACCAGUUGUAAAAAAUAAAGAUUUGUGAAUAGCGUAGUCCACUGCCAUUUUCGUUCGCUUAGCUUAGCGAAUAGUAAGAAUUGUGAAAUCAUACGCAAUCAUACACCGCCUCAGCAAGAUGGGUUUAGCAUCAUCAAAGGCCGUCAGCAGCAUUGCCGUGUCUUCGUCGCAUGCUGCUGGGAGCACCGAUAAGGGCAAUGGUCGGUUGAGCAAGGAUAGUGUGAUCGUCGAAACGAACUACGCUUCGAUGUCAACAGACAUUCAGCAGCCUUGCUCAAUACUUCCGUCCCCGUCUGGUAGCAGUGGUAUUGACACCUGGAAAACGUCUAGCUGUCACGUCCGCCAAGCUAGCAUACGGUCCCGGAACCUGCAGCCCAUGCCGGAUGCGGGCGAACUUGAUCGACGAUUUGCGAAAGUCCUGGCAUCGAUGGACCUUCCACCGGAUAAAGCAAAGUUGCUGAAGAACUAUGAUAACGAGAAAAAAUGGGACAUCAUAUGUGAUCAGGAAAUGGUGCACGCAAAAGAUCCUCCGGCACACUAUCUCACCAAGCUCCGCACCUAUCUCGAUCCCAAGGCGUCCCGAAGUCACAGGAAGCGGAAGAUGGUUGGCGAAUCAACAUCGACACAGGUUUUGCGCGAUCUGGAAAUUUCCCUUCGAACUAACCAUAUCGAGUGGGUGAAGGAGUUUCUGGACGAAGAAAACCAGGGUCUCGACGCAUUGAUAGAUUAUCUCAGCUUUCGGUUGACCAUGAUGCGGCACGAACAGCGUAUCCUGGAAGCAAAGUCAGAAUCGGACGAAGGCCUAACGACGAAAGAGACAGCGGCCAACAGUUCGUACGGGAGCAACGAAACUAAUCACAAGAUUGCACCAAACGGGUUCAUGCGUCCCGGUCUGGGUGACAUGCUGGACAGCCCCAGCAUAAAGCGCCGUUCCCGCCACAUCGCAAAACUCAACAUGGGCCUGACGACGGAUGACAUUCACGUGUGCAUUAUGUGCAUGCGGGCCAUCAUGAACAACAAGUACGGAUUCAACAUGGUCAUCCAGCACCGGGAAGCGAUCAACUGCAUCGCACUCAGCUUGAUCCACAAAUCGCUGCGCACCAAGGCGCUGGUGCUGGAGCUGCUGGCGGCCAUUUGCUUAGUGAAGGGUGGGCAUGAAAUCAUCCUGUGCGCGUUUGACAACUUUAAGAAAGUGUGCUCCGAGCAGCGCCGCUUCCAGACGCUGAUGGAAUAUUUUAUGAACUACGAGCUGUUUAACAUCGACUUUAUGGUGGCGUGUAUGCAAUUCGUUAACAUUGUCGUCCACUCGGUGGAAGAUAUGAACUACCGGGUGCACCUGCAGUACGAGUUCACAGCGCUCGGGCUAGACGAGUAUCUGGAGAAGCUCCGGCUGACGGAAUCGGAGGAGCUGCACGUUCAAAUUUCAGCCUACUUGGACAACGUGUUCGAUGUGGCUGCCCUGAUGGAGGACAGCGAAACGAAAACGGCCGCGCUCGAACGUGUCAACGAGCUGGAAGACGAGCUUGGCCGAGCGCUGGAUCAGGCCAGCGAAAUAGAGCGGGAAGCACUGUUCAAGAUCGGGGAGCUGGAGGCAGAGCUGAGCCGAACGCGCAACGAACGGGACGAUUUGUACAACAAGCAGCUGGUGGUGGAAGACGAAAUCGUAAAGCUAAAGCGCGCUCUGAAACAACACGAGCAAGAAUCCCAAAGCCGACAGUCAAUGCUCCUCGAGCUGGAGAAUCUCACCAAAACGCUUCCCAAAGGUACGUCAAUUGCAGACGUAUCGAACCUCCUGGCGAAGGGAGGCUUGUCCGAGCUUAGUCCUACGGGUGCAGCUGGCGCUGGUGCAGGUGGUCAGCAGCAAGCACCACCGAUACCGCCCCCACCGGCCCCGCCAAUACCACCCUCGGCCGCAAAUGCUCCCAUGCCUCCUCCACCACCCUGUCCGCCUGCACCGCCCAGCGGACUGUCGAACGGUGGUGAACCACCGAAAGCUCCCCCCAAACCGCCGUCAUUCAUUCCAGUACCACCGCCGAUGGGUGGACCAUAUGGUGGCAACAACGCACUGCACUGCACGGACGGUGCAAUGACGAUAAAGCGCAAGGUGCAGCCAAAAUACAAGCUACCCACGCUCAACUGGGUAGCGCUGAAACCGAACCAGGUUCGUGGCACGAUCUUUAAUGAGUUGGAUGACGAGAAACUGCACCGGCAGAUAGACUUUGUCGAUUUCGAGGAGCGGUUCAAGAUCGGUAUGGGCGGGCCGGUAACCAACGGCAACUGUGAUAUGGACGGGUUGACGGCAUUCCCCAGCAAACGGUUCAAGAAACCCGAGCACAUUUCCCUGCUCGAACACACGAGAUUAAGAAACAUUGCAAUAUCUCGAAGAAAGCUAGAAAUGCCCGCGGAAACCGUUAUCAAAGCGAUCAACAAUCUCGAUCUCAAGCUCCUGUCGCUGGAAAAUGUGGAACUGCUGCAAAAGAUGACACCGACCGACCAGGAACAGAAGCUCUACAAAGAGUAUGUGAUAGAGAAGAAAGAUCUGAACCAGCUGACGGAGGAGGACAAGUUUAUGCUGCAACUGACGAAAGUCGAACGAAUCUCAUCGAAACUAUCGAUAAUGAACUACAUUGGGAACUUUUUCGAAAGCUGGCAUCUCAUUAGUCCGCAAGUGUACUCCAUCAUUUCCGCAUCCUCCUCAAUCAAGUCGUCGAAAAAGUUCCGCGCAGUGCUGGAAGUGAUUUUGGCAUUUGGCAAUUAUCUGAACAGCAGCAAGCGCGGUCCUGCCUACGGCUUCAAGCUGCAAUCGCUCGACACGCUGCUCGACACCAAGUCGAACGACAAGCGCAUGAGCCUGAUGCACUACAUUGUGGCUACCAUUCGACAGAAGUUUCCCGAGCUGAUGAACUUCGAUACGGAGCUGUUCUGCAUCGACAAGGCAGCGCAGGUAUCCCUCGAGAUGCUCAUUUCCGAUGUGAACGAGCUCGAGAAGGGCAUGGAAACGGUACGCAAGGAAGCGGAUCUACGUGGCAAAGGCACGCAGAGCCAUGUGUUGCGAGAUUUUCUGGCGAACUCGGAAGAAAAGUUGAAAAAAAUCCGCUCGGAUUGUAAAACGGCACAGGAAUCCUUCAAAGAGUGCAUUGAAUACUUUGGCGAAUCAUCACGAAAUGCAGAUGCAAAUGCAUUCUUUUCAUUGCUAGUCCGAUUCGUACGAGCAUUUAAGAUCUGUGAUCAGGAAAACGAACAACGACGACGGUUAGAGGCGGCUGCCCUACAAGCGUCCACCAAGAAGGACGAAGAAGAGCAGGUGGUGCUACGGAAUAAUAAAAUCAAUAAUCAAAAGAAGCAACAGGUACGCCCCUUGGCCGAUGGUAACCCUCUCCGACUAUCGACUGCCUUUCUGCAAAAUCUAACCCAAAUGAAUCGGGAACUGCAACACGUGUUUGGCUCUGGUAGCUCUUAUGUUAGCUGAUUCUAGAACGUUUUCAUAUCCGGUUCAAAACAUAUGCUUAGAGUUUACCAAGUUUUGCUCCAAUGAGUGUGUUAGUGGUUUGUUGUUACUGUUGUUCUUUGAGGAGGAUUUCAUUGCUUGGUUAAUGUCGCGAAGUGUGUGCUUGGUUAAGUAAUUAGUGUGUGCACUAAUAAUUUAGUAUAAUUCGUGUGUAUAAUAAUAUUUCAUCGCUUCAAAUGGUUAUGUUGUGUUUACUUUAUGAAAACGGGAUCCAUUUAUUGACUCAAACUUCAUAAUGUUUCUUAUUCAUUACUAUCUUUUGGUCUUUGGUUGUGUAUAUUGAUAAGUGCCUUAUAUAGCGCGAAACUUGGGUUCAAUUUGUUUCGCGGUUCAAUCCAUAUAAAAACGUGCAUUAAAAAAACACACACUCAGAAUGUCGAUUGAUGCGAACCAUUAAUUAUUUAAGUAUCGCAUUUGCAUUUGUAUGGGUUGGUGGCUAUAUAAUAGAGUACAUUUAACUAUAAUUCUUAAGAAGCUAACCGAUCAGCACGACGAAAAUGUAAAACAAUGAAGCAAAAGUUGCGUUUGAUAACUUUGGCGAUCUUGAAAAGCUUUGCGUGACACUAUGCACUGGGUCUACUUCACUGGUGUGAAAGGAAUAAACCAUUUCAGACGCAACAUUGCGAUUAUACAAAGGCGUAGUUGUACCAAAGUAUCUACGACAGAAAUGGAUAACGCAUUUCAAACACAAAACCAAACGAGAAUGCAUUUCAAGCAAUUGUAUUGUAGCUAGUAACAUUAAAUUGCAUUUUUAGUUACAAACGAAGCAUUACGUUUUUCAUUAAUAUUAAACUAACCACCGGUAACGAUAGCUUUCAAUUUUCCUGCAAUACGGUCUGGAAUAUUGUAAAAUAUUUGUACGUUCAUUGUUUCAUUGCGUGCCAUAUUUUUGUAACAUUACGUGUGUGCAUCUGAUGCCUAAUUUCGAUGCUGCUAAUUAGCGUGUGAAAACUUUUGCCUUAAUUUUUUAUACUGUUAAUCUAUUCUGUUUUUGCAUAACUUUACAAUUCAUAUUCGGUGUGUGUAUACAUUACUAGAUAUAAGUUUUUCCUACUAUAUAAUUAAUAAAUUAACAGCGAUCAAACGAGUAGAAAGCCGCACUCCGUCAUUUAGAUGCCGUUUGGUGAAGCAGGGGGAGGGGGAGGGGAGUGGGAGGGCUUGAAUUGAGUUUUUACUGUGUUUUAUUUUAUUGUUUAUUUUUGUUUUUAAUGAAUGGUUGUGGUUGGUAAGAUUUUCUCUUCUGUUUUUAUAUUGCUUUAAUUCACGCUUUGGCUAAUUGUGUGCACUGAAGUAUUAUUUCUUCUACCCUUAUGUUUGUACAAUAAGUUAAUCCUGCACCAAGACUAUUUUUAGACAGUGAUUUAAUUGUGUGCUAAUGCAUUAAAAUUUAUGAAUAAAUAAUUUUUUUAUCGCACGGUUUUUCUUGCGUUGCUUGUUACUCAGCAUUUGGCACUGUACUACAUACUACUAAAACAAACAUCUAUUACACCCAAAAUUUUACUUACAUUGUAUACAUGUACUAAAAAUAAACACCUUUUCAAUCACAAUUAAACACAAACGGUGCAAGAUAACACUAUGAAGCAUAAUGCGCACCUUCAUGGUAUCGUCACAGUCUUCGUCACGAACUGAACGCAAUGCUACUGCUACUCUCGUACUUUUGAUUUGCAGGAAGCUGUCAUCAACGAGCUUAAGCUGAAAGCGCAUGCCGUGCGCGAAAAGAAACUGCUGCAGCAGGACGAGGUUUACAACGGAGCGCUGGAAGACAUACUGCUGGGACUGAAAAACGAACCCUAUCGGCGCGCGGAUGCGGUACGGAGAAGUCAACGCAGAAGGAUCGAUAGCAAUAGGCUCUCGCGAACGAUGGAGGAAGUGGAGGUAUAGGAUCGAUCGGUGCAAACUAUUCCAAUCCGAUGCGCUUGAACAGUGUAAAAGUUGUAUAAUUUAUAAAAAUAAGUUGUUUUUUUUUUUUGUGCGUGUGUCGUAGGCUACAUAGUGAUUAUAAGUUUUUCUUGCAGAACAUUUUGUAUAUUAUUUGAAGCAAUUGUUAGUGAUGUCCCGUAAUGUAUCAUAUAUCGGUUUAGCAGGGUGUAUAUAUAAAUGAUUUUAAAACAUUUGUUCAAAAGCUUGGAAGAGAAUUGGUUUUAUUGGUUUGUUCCUAUAAUUUUUGCCUGUAAGACAUCCAUAUCAUUUGAAACGAAUGUACCAUUGCCAAUAUUUUGACACAGUUUUGCGCAAGAAACCCCCGAACGAAUGACAAUAUGCGUAUAAUCUAUACACAUUCCAUACACGUGCGAUUUUAUAUUGCACCAAAAAGCACGUUGCAUUUAAUAUACAGUAGAUUACAAACACGGCACAAAAGUCUGUCUUUUACAAAACCAAUUUAUAAUAAAAGGGGUUUUCUAAUUAGUUUUAAAAACUUCGUUCGCAUAGCUUACGCAAUUACACUAACGCGCGCGAAAUCACGUCGCGCGUAGGACUUUAUUGGUUCGGUGAAGUUGGGAAAUGCCUUGAAACUGCACAACAACAUGCCUGAACACUGUGACUGAGGACUGAUUGAAAAAAAGGGAACUUUUUGGACAUUUUUACAAGCUUACUCACUUAUCCGGCGCAACCAGGUAGUAGAAAUGCCAAUCACCAAUAACUGUUUGCGUCCCAAUACAUGACAGCACAAAGGCAUUGUAGGUCUAUACACUAGGCGAAAUAAGUGAAACAAUCACUGUUGGUGCUUACUAAAUUGAACGAAACAAAACAAUGACGGUAAAAGAUUUUUUAAAAUAUCAACUACACGCCACAAAUAACAACAUGAUUCUAUCCACCAUAAUUAUGGCAUAAAAACAAAUCUUAAGGAUUGUCAAAAUAUUCUUGUGAAAGAUAUGUAUCACAUUUCUAGCUUUUGCAUAAAUAUACAUGCAUACAUUAAGUAA